AUGAGGGGAUGGGUGCGAUUGGCGGCAUGCUCGCUGCUGCAGUUGACGGCUGUAUGGGCUGCGGAAUUGAAGAUCGACAACACGGAUAAGUCCAGGCAGGUAUGCUCGGGCAUGUACAGUCGCAAGUCGUGGGGCGGUGAUGUCGAUCCCUUCAUCCUGGUCAAGUUCAUCAAACCAGAUGACAUUCCUGAGGAGGAGGAUCCGAUUGUCAGUCUGGUCAUUUUCGAGUGGACUGAUAGACCGCUCAUCGGAGCAGAAGUUCCCACUUCGGACGGAGAGGGCACAAGGACUGAGUAUCUCUGUGACGAAGGGGCUCGCGACGCGAAACUAUGUGACGAGGCCGAUCUAGGAGCUUUCAUCCUCAAAGCGAAUGCCACCGAAAAGUCCAAAUCCCUCAUAAGGACAGAGGCGAUUCAUCUCAAGGACCCGGGUGCCAUCAACUAUCCCGUCAAGAGAACUGGUUAUUACUGCAUCAGCACUGCACAAUGGAGUGCGGCAGGCUACGAGGGUGUUGCCGAAUUCCGCAAUGCUUUUGGUGAGCUCCCGGCCGCUCAGAUCGCCAAGUUACCCUUCUAUGCUAUUGCAACACUCGUCUAUGCUUUGUUGGCCAUUGGCUGGGGUAUCCUCUACUGGAUGCAUCGACGGGACAUUCUCGCCGUGCAGAACUACAUCACCGCGAUCUUGGUCUUCCUCGUUGUUGAGAUGUUUAUGACAUGGCUCUUCUACGACUACCAAAACCGUCAUGGCCUCAACGUCGGCGCUAAAGCUCUUUUGAUCGUUGUCUCCAUCCUGAGCGCAGCAAGGAACUCCUUCUCCUUCUUCCUGCUCCUGAUUGUAUGCAUGGGCUAUGGUGUGGUGAAGCAUACUCUAGGAAAGACAAUGUGGUGGGUUCGCGCUCUGGGCGGCGCACACUUUAUCUUCGGCGUCAUCUACGCAGUCGCCUCUUUAUCCGUCACUCCGGAGAAUGCUGGUCCCCUGGUCCUCCUGGUCGUCAUGCCUCUGGCGGGCACGCUCACAGCUUUCUACAUCUGGACACUCAACUCCCUGAACUACACGAUGAAGGAUCUUGUCGAGCGCAAACAGCAUGUCAAGGCAGGCAUGUACCGCAAGCUCUGGUGGGCAAUCUUGGCCAGCAUCAUCGUCAUCUUCGCCUUCUUCUUCGUAAACUCAUGGACCUUUGCCGGUGGUAGCUCUGCAGCGGACUUUGUCCCCAACCACUGGCAGACCAGAUGGUUCAUCUUGGACGGAUGGCUUAACUUGGUGUAUUUCGCGGACGUAGUCUUCAUCGCAUACGUAUGGCGACCGACACCCAACAAUAGGCGAUUCGCCAUGUCAGACGAGAUCGCACAAGACGACGACGGUUUCGAAAUCGCUUCCAUCCGUGACUCCAUGGACAUGGACGAUGACCUCGAAGCAGUCGGAGGCUCCAAGCAGCCUCCACCAUAUGAUGCACCACGUAGUGGCGAUGCUUCKCGGAGUGCAAAUCCGAUGAGAGAUGCAUCUCCUUUACCUGCUCCCCAGCCUACGAAGCCCUCACAUCUCCCUCGUGAGAGUUUAGAUCGCGAGACGAUUUUCGCGCUAGGUGAUGAAGGUGGUUUUACAGAUGAUGAGGAUGAUGAUGAUGUAGGAGAGUCGAAACGAUUGACUAGAAAGAGUGAUUAA